AGAACCGAGUUCUAUUUUUAUUCGUUUUUAACUACAAAUAGGGUUUUAUCAUUUUGGGAAGGAGCAGAUCAGGAUCCAUUAACACCCCUACGUACGCCUUUCCUCUGGAAACCCUUCUCUCGCCUGCCUCUCCCCCGCCGCGCCGCCACUUCCCCUCUCCCGUCAACUCCGGCUUCCGCGCGAGGUCGAGCUAGCGUUUGGAGUUCUCGAGACCUGCUGUGAUGGCGACAGAGCAAGCGGCGGAGAACUACACGGUGGAGGACCUCGUGGCCCUGAACCCCUACAACCCCGACAUCCUCAACGACCUCGAGAAGUUCGUCAAUGAGCAGGUCUCAUCUCAGACAUAUAACUUGGAUGCAAAUCUCAGCCUUCUUCGCUUGUACCAGUUUGAGCCAGAAAGGAUGAGCAUACAGAUUGUGGCCCACAUACUGAUUAAGCAAAUGGAGGAGCAAUUCAAGGUAUUGAUAGUUCUUUCUCACUACCUAGAGACUGCUAGGUUCAGUCAAUUUUGGGAUGAAGCAGCAAAGAACCGCCACAUAUCGGAAGCAGUGCCAGGUUUCGAACAAGCAAUCCAAUCCUAUGCGAUUCAUGUACUUUCCUUGACAUACCAGAAAGUUCCAAGGCCUAUUCUUGUAGAGGCAAUCAACAUCGAAGGUCUCGCGUUGGACAAGUUUCUUGAGUACCAUGCCGCGAACUCAGGUUGGGUGAUUGAGAAGGGUGGGCAGUCUCAAGUGAUUGUUCUUCCGCGUAAUGAGUUCAAUCACCCAGAGCUCAAGAAGAACACAGCCGAUAUCCUUCCGUUUGAACACGUAACACGCAUAUUCCCUGUCCUUGGCUGAUUCAGGCGUGCUGAGAGAUCUAUACAAAACUCAGCGAGUGAAGCUUCUCUUAGUCAUUGCAUCUUCAGUUUGUAGUGUACCCUAUUGAGAUUAUCUCGGUAUACCAGUCCUUUUUAUGCCGGAGUUGGUUUCUGCAACCUAUGGUUAUUGUUAUUACUAUAACGAAAUGCUCAGAUAUGAGAUUGGUCUUGUCCUUCGAAGGAGGCUGUCA